AUGCCUCAUAACCCAUCAAUAGCUGUAUCUCUGCGCACACUGGAGCAUUACUGCCUCAUUCGCCUCCGGAAACCAUCAUUCAGCAUUGAAGCAUUUUCAAAGGUGAUAUGUGAUUCGUACUCAAUACCUUUCCACCGCAUGUACUGUACUAUAUUAUCCGAGAUGUUUGACAUUUACCUUUCUAUCCUCCAAGAUGUUGAUAGACAGGUCUCGGUAGCCCUUGGACGUGAUUCCCCUGAUUGGCGCGUGCUGAAUGCCUGUCCCCCAUGCUCGUACGAGCUGCGGAUGUAUGAUUUCAUCAACACCUUCAGCCAUGAAGUCCGCACUUGCCCCACACCUGCUGAACCUGUGCCCUUACAUAAUGACCCUGACAACGAGGACCUUGCUGUAUCAGACAUUGUGAACAAUGUGAAUGCCACUGACUGCAGUAAAAAUUGGAAGGCAGCUGCGUCAGAUGAGAAAAAGAGAAUGUGGGCCAUAUUUGAGGAGACUGGCAUAUUUGUUGGCGCCUGCAGACAUGGGCUCAUCCUAUGGUACACUGAUAUGAUGAGGAGUGGGGAACUGGCCAAAUAUCUGCUUGCCAUAGUCGCCAAGGUUCUUGCCAUCAUCGGAAAUCAUACCCUUGGUGCCUACAACAUAGGCUGUGGAUUUUCUGCAAUGGUCAAGGCGAGUUCACUGGGACCGGCCUUCACAGAGCAGGAGUCACAUUUGUGCAUUGACUCCUUCCAUAGAUUCGCUACUCACCAUCUGAAUUGUUGUACCUUCAUCGCGCAUAACUAUAUCUGCCAAACUCAACAUCAUCCUCUCAGAAUUGAGGGUGCUGGUCUUGAGGACUUUGGAGCUACAAAACAUAUUUUCAGUGCAUCGAAUGUGCUUGCGCCUGUCAUUCGCUAUGCUAGUUCAUACCGCCACCAUUGGGAUGAAGAGAAGUAUAUGAACCUUGGUACUAUGUUACUCAAUAACUAUUGCCAGGCACUGCACAUCAUAUCGACCGAUACUCUGGCAUUGAGGGAGGCCAUGGCCUCCCUCAACAUUCAGCAAGGGAACAUUGAGCAGUGGCAUUCAGAAGAGAUUGAGUAUUUCCACGCUCUCAGGCAAGAGCCUGAGUGGGAUGUGCACGCUGUUGUGUAUGUGGAGUUACUUCAACAGCUACAAGAAGCAGAUGCUCAGGCCUCAGCAGGCUUUACUUCCUUUGUUUCUACCGCCCCCGAGAACUAUCAAUUCAGAGCACCAUCUGAUGGAGAAUCCAACUUCUAUGCUGCAAAUCUGUCGCAAAUGCACAAGCUGGAGACUCAGCGACAGUGUGCAGCCGAAAGACUCGAUGCUACAUGUCAUGACGUUGUAACCAUGGAGGUGAAGCUAGGAAUUACGCAUUGUUGGCAGCCAUCAUCCCUGGAGUACCAAGAAACCCUCAAAUAUAUGUGCGUUUGCAAGUAUCACAAGGCAUUGGAUAAUCUUCAAUGCCUUGUUGUCCAGUGUCUGUUCGAGUUGCAGAGACUUAACGUCUCACAAACAGCAUGCUGCCAUGCCAUUCAAAAUGCAGUUCAGAAGUACAAUGACACUGCUUCAGAACUACAACCCCUCUUCCUUGAGGAAUUUAACCUUCUCCACGAAACUCAACAGGACAUUCGCAACAAACCAUGGGCAAAGCCUGCUAUUCAGGAGACGAUGUGUCAGCAUCUUCACAUCUUACGUGCUAAGGAGGAGAUACUUAGAUGUAAUGUUGAAGUUCGCCGUCUGCAGACUGCUAUAUCGGCUGAGGAUCAAAUGUUUGUGCGCACCCUUGCCAGCCUCAAAGCUUUGCCCAUAUAUGUUGCCGUUGAUGCCUUUUGCACUCAGCGUUGUCAUAUCAAUGUUCACAUUCUCUCCUGCAUUACUCAGAUUCAAGCUCUCGAAGGUUUCACUGGAGACACAUCAUGUGGCAUCAGAGUUGGUGGGGGGGGGGGGUAUCACCCAUCAUAA